GAAUCAGCCUAUCAGAGCGAGGCUGUUAUGGAAACUCAAACGCGAAGCAACCCUCUCUUUAGACAUUCAACACAUGGCAAUAACGCUGUUAAGCAGCCUGCCACGGGUUGAUACAACUCCCUGAGCUUGGCUACAACCUGGUCAGUUUUUACCUGAGCUGUUCUCUACAACCGAAUAACAUUUGGACCCCGGACAAGACUGAACCCUGAUAUCCAGUUUUGGACACGAAGACGAAGUUUAUGGUUUCUAAGGACUCCUCACAUGAAAUGAAAGACAUGGACAUGCUCAACGGGACCUCUGAAUCAGAGGUGUCAGACUUUGACCUCAUACAAGAAAUCAUCACAGAGUAUGCACCCCCCCUCCCUGGACCCCCUCGGCCUCCUGCUGACCUCUCUGACCACCCGGGGGUCCAACAGCCCAGGCUGGUGCCCAGAGGAACAACAUGUCAGUCGGCCUGCCCUUUCCCCCAGCCUGUGCAGCAGUCCUGCAGCUCCAGAGAGAUGGCUCAUCCUUCCCAAAGAGCAAGUUACUCCAGGCGGAGUCGAGAGUCCUCGUGUUUGCAGGGCUCAAAGAGCUCCGGCUGCAUUUCUUCCCCCAACCGCGGAGCAGACACAGAGAUGCUUGAGCGGAUUCUGGACAAACCCAGACUGGUCGUGGUGGAGGAGCCCAAAGAGAGAGGCAUGAGGUUUCGUUAUGAGUGUGAGGGACGCUCAGCCGGAAGCAUUCUGGGGACGUCCAGCACUGAAACCAACAAGACUCAGCCUGCCAUAGAGAUUCAGGGUCCCGUAGAACACUUAAAGAGGGUCACAGUCACCGCUUCCCUGGUGACCAAAGACCCCCCACACCGACCACACCCCCACUGCCUCGUGGGUAAAGACUGCCCCAACAAUACAGGAAUCUGCGUGGUCACACUCCAUCCUCACAGCAGCCGACGUCACAGCUUUGCUAACCUGGGUAUUCAGUGUGUCAGGAGGAAAGAGCUCGAUGUUUCACUUGAGAAGAGAAGAAAUCUAAAAAUUGACCCCUUUCAAACUGGCCACUCCAAGGGCAUUGAAGACAUGGACAUGAACGCUGUGCGUCUGUGUUUUCAGUGCGAGCUCGAGUGGGACGACGGCAGGAAAGACAGUCUGAGCCCAGUGAUAUCCAACCCCAUCUAUGACAAGAAGGCUACGACUACAUCACAGCUGAAAAUCACCUGUUUGAACCUUAACAGAGGCUCGUGCGCGGGCAAGACAGAGAUCUACAUGUUGUGUGACAAAGUGCAGAAAGACGACAUAGAGAUCAUCUUAAGGCGAGGGUCGUGGAAGGCGAGCGGUGAGUUUGCACAGACUGAUGUGCACCGGCAGAUCGCCAUUGUGUUUAAGACUCCACCUUACCAGGACCAGAACAUCACAGAGGAGGUGGAAGUCAACAUGUCCCUCCGUCGCCUCUCCGACCAGAUGGAGAGUGAGCCAGUUUCCUUCACGUACCUGCCACACAACCCAGAUCCAUAUGAGGUGAAGCGGAAGAGAAAGAUAAAGUCAGACAUCAGCUUCAGAGACAAGCCUUGUGCAACAGCAGAAAGUGCACCUGCAGCAGAGCAGCCCUUCCCCUUCCCACAGCCUCCGACCAUGAUGCCUCCAGAUGAUCGGCUCCGUGCCGCCCAGCCUGGAGCUGCAACCUCGGUGGAAAUGUGUUUCAACGAGCCGCAGGACUCAAACACUGACAACGAUGCCUCAGCCAUCCUCAAUGAGCUGCUAGAAAACCCUGCAUUAAAGGAAAUAUUAUCUGACCCAACCCUCACCUCGUCUGUGCUCUCCAGCUUUGAGCAGGUGCCUGAUGUCAACGCCAUGUUUGGCAACAUGGAUGUGAACUUUAAUCAGAACUUCGUCUCAUAUGUUCAGGACUUUUCCCAUUACAGCGACUGGCAGUUCAAUAUGCUCGUCAAUGAAAGCCAGACCCCACAGACCAACGCACAGGACACCCCCACAGACAUUGUUCAUGUGAAGACAGAAGACGAGCUAUGAGGGCGGAGAUGGUCAGGAUCAUGUAGCACUUACACAACCCUUACCCUAACCCACCACUUAAGAAUGAGAGGAUUGAUUCCUCUCUUUUGUCCACAGUGUAAAUAAGAAGCUUAGCUUUGCUCCAAGACGGGAAUCGGGGAAACAGCUAGCCUUCUUCUGUACAGUGAUUAACAGUCUUCCUACCUUAUUUUCUUAUGAUUUCAUGAUUGGGUUCGAUGACUUCCUGGAGUUCUGAUGUCAACUUGACGCCCCAGUUAGGAAAGUAACUGCUUCAUGCAAAGAAAUGCACUUAAUCCACCCUGACGUGAAGCUUUUACACAUGACAUUUUGUACUAUGAAACAUGUCAAUUACUGAGCUAGUAGCUGUCUUUUUUGUGACCAAUCUCUUGCUAGGCUAAGCUAACCAUCUGCUAGCUUCAGCAACAUAUUAAGUGUACAAAAGAGGUUUCAAUCAACAAAUCAACUUCUCAGCUGGAAAGCCUGUUCCCAUGUUUCUCAAAAGGUCAAUAAUUUUCUAUUACCUUCCUGAAUAUAGAGCCAAACAUAGUUACAUUGACUUGUAAAGCUAAAAGGCCAUCUCCAGAGGCUUUGAACUCUGCACUGUUGCCCUCUUACCAACGCAAAAUCUUAAUCAUUGUGCAUACACCUUGCUGGUCGAGGCUUUAACCAUUAAUUACAUGUUAGCGUUAGUAAAUACUGACCAAGGGCUUAAAGUCAGAAAGUGAUUUUCAGUGUCAGCGUGGAACUUUAAAAGAUAAGUUAUGGACAUUAAAUCAGGGACCACAACAGACAAACUUACAUUAAUUGCUGUUUCUGUAAAUCAUAAGUGAAAUAAGACUGAAGUACCUGUUAUGUAAUGUUUGUUUUAGGUGUGUUUUAUUUGUUCCAGCAUGAUUUAUGGGAAACAGAUGCACUUCCUAAUAGAAAAUGUCUGCAGUGUAGAAGGAAUUCAAAACACAAAAAUGUUCAUAAGGACAGUAGUUUCAUAUUUGUUUUUCGGAGCUCUGGUUUGUUCAUUUUCAUUGUUUACCGUCGCACCAGCUGGCUUGUUUAAUGUUUAAUCUGCUAAAAUGCAAUAGAAACCAGUUCUGCUUGUAUACAUAUCUCUGUGUGUCAGUACCUUUUGUUCUGUAGUUUCACUUUCGUCAUAAGUGAAGCCCGUCCCUCGCCACAGCACUGUCUCAAUGUUUUAAAAUAAUAAUUAAAAUGUCUGUGUAAUUUC